AUGGUGCCUGCCGGAUCUUCUUUCUUAGCUUUCUUGGGUGGCAAGUACUUGAACACCCAGGAAACGAAAACCCCUCCAGAUUCAAGAAAUAGGUUUUUUUGUACAUACUGCUGCAAAGGGUUCAAAUCGAACAAGGCCUUGGCCGGCCAUCUUCGAAUCCAUAGUCAGCAUCCUCCCAUGUCAAAAACUGAAGGGAAACACUUUCAAGAAGGCGAUGACGACGACAGUUUCUUCGGGUGUUUUGAUUGCGAUGCAAGUUUCUCGUCAAUGAAGUUGCUAUGCCAGCAUAUGAGACUCCACCGUGACACCGAUUCCAAUGGUGUUCACCAGCCUGCAAUGCCUGAAGAAAGCAAUUCUUUAAGUGAAGCUGCGACCACUUUCAAACAAGGGACAGGGAGUACGGUCUCUCCAAGGGAUGAUCACCACAACAUAGAUUUGCUGAAAGACAUUAAUGACAACUGGUCUCGAACCGAGAAAAGAGGGUCGAAGAGAACUGCUAGUGAGCACGAUAUAGUUUACGAUGCCGAGCCCUUCAGGGUCUAUUACGGACGGAUGAAGACUAAAGAGACCUCAAUGGAAUCUGAAUUGGGAGCCGCUGAUAAUGAGAGUACAGUGGAGCUAUCAGGCAAUCCUGUUAAAACUCGCGAUAGUCCUAACAAGUCCAAGUCCAGGUCCUGCCGUGGAAGAAGGUCAGUGAAGAAGACUAAGGCGGUGAAAAGUGUGCACCGAUGUGAGAUAUGCGACAAGACAUACGAAACGGGUCAGGCACUUGGCGGCCACAAAAGCUAUCAUCGGGUGAAGGAUCCAUUGAAGCAGCGAAAAACCGAACAACAAUCGUGCGGUGAGGUUAAGAUGGUGACCGGAAUGGUAUUGCCAGGGUUAGCGCCCGAAGAAGACGAUAAAAAUCCUUCUAAGAGGAUGCUGGAUUUUGAUUUUAAUAUCCCGUAUGAAGAAUAA